AAUUUUACUGGUUUUAGAUGGGUAAAAAAAGCGUUGUUUAGGGGGAUUUUUUCAAGAAAUUUGCAUGAAAUCAUGGGAAAUAGUUAUUCGCAGGAGAAUUUAAAUGAUGCUAAGGAUCCAUUAUUAUAUAGUUUAAGUGAUAAAAAUGAAGGGUUAGGAGAUGGAUUAUUUAAAAAAGACAUUAUUCCUCAAAAAAAUCCAAGUUCAGAUGUAGAAGAUGACUUUUCUAGUGUUAAUUCAGAAACUGAUAAAGAGCCUCUUAAUCUUGAUUCCUUAAACGAUUUAAACAAAACAACAAUUGAGGACGAAAGGCAUAAUGUUCAAGAUAGUUCGAUUAUAUCACCUACAUGUGAAAAUAUCGAACAUGAUGUUAAACAACAGAAUAGAGAAAAAUCAGUUCCUGUUUUUUUGCAUUGGAAGGGUAAUCAUCAGAAUGUAUAUGUGACAGGAACAUUUACGGGUUGGGGAAAGAAAAUACCUUUAAAUAAGAGUGUAAAUGAUUUUACUGCAUUGAUACAUCUUCCAAAAGGAACACAUAGAUUCAAGUUUUUGGUUGAUAAUGAAUGGAAAUGUUCGGAUGAAUUAGCUACAGCUACAGAUUCUUCUGGGAAUCUUGUUAAUUAUAUAGAAGUCAAUGACGCAUCUUUGUCGUCUAUGUUUCAAGCUGAUAAGCAAGCAUCUUUAACAGAACACCGUGUUAGUAAACCGGUAGAAACUUAUACAAAUAGGAUUCCGACAUUAUAUGAUGAAGCAUUAGAAAAUAAUACAUAUCGAAAUUUUCAAGAAUCGAGUGUACCGCCUUCACUUCCGCCUCAUUUAGAAAAAGUUAUUUUAAAUUCUAAUUCGACUAUGAAAGAUGACCAAAGUGUCCUUCCAAAUCCAAAUCAUGUAGUUUUAAAUCAUUUGGCGGCAAGUUCAAUUCGUAAUGGUGUUUUCGCUGUGAGUGUAACAACAAGAUUUCGACAUAAAUAUGUUACAACAAUUUUAUAUAAAUCUAUCAAUAUAUAAUGCCUCCAAACUAUGUUAUCUUUCAUGCUUUGUCAAUAAUUUUA